GGCCGCCGAGCGCGGGGGAGCAGCGGCCGCCGGCGCGGGGAGGGGGUGGGGUGGGACGGCGCGGUCUCCGGUGCUCGCCGGAGGGACCCGGGGUGGCGUGGUGCCUUCGCCCUUCUGCAGCCGUCUGCAUAUUUUUUCUUUCUUUUUCGCAAUUUUGAACAUUUUGCAGGACGAGGGGUUCGAGGCAGGUGAGAGCAUCCUGCACGUCGCCGAGGAGCCCAGGGGCACUUGGCGCGUCCUCCGGGACUCGUCUGCACUGGGAAUCCGAAAGUUUAUUUUUAUUUUCGUAUGCAGCUAUAUUUAUAAAGAUAAAAGUUAUUUUUUCCUUCCCUUGUCUCCACCGCCUUGAAAGCGCGUACUUUUGGCAAAGGACGGAGGAAGAAGCUCAGCAACGUUUUGGGGGGCGGUUGGGUUUUUUUUUUAAGAAAAAAAAUUUGCAUCGCGAUGGAGAAAAUGUCCCGACCGCUCCCCCUGAAUCCCACCUUUAUCCCGCCUCCCUACGGCGUGCUCAGGUCCUUGCUGGAGAACCCGCUGAAGCUCCCCCUUCAUCAAGAAGACGCAUUUGGUAAAGAUAAAGACAAGGAAAAGAAGCUGGAUGAUGAGAGUAACAGCCCGACGGUCCCCCAGUCGGCUUUUCUGGGACCCACCUUAUGGGACAAAACCCUUCCCUAUGACGGAGAUACUUUCCAGUUGGAAUACAUGGACCUGGAGGAGUUUCUCUCGGAAAAUGGCAUUCCCCCCAGCCCGUCGCAGCAUGACCACAGCCCUCACCCUCCCGGGCUGCAGCCGGCUUCCUCAGCUGCCCCCUCAGUCAUGGACCUCAGCAGUCGGGCCUCUGCACCCCUUCACCCUGGCAUCCCGUCCCCGAACUGUAUGCAGAGCCCCAUCAGACCAGGUCAGCUGUUGCCAGCAAACCGCAAUACACCGAGUCCAAUUGAUCCUGACACCAUCCAGGUCCCGGUGGGUUAUGAGCCAGACCCGGCAGAUCUUGCCCUCUCCAGCAUCCCUGGCCAGGAAAUGUUUGACCCUCGCAAACGCAAGUUCUCUGAGGAAGAACUGAAGCCACAGCCCAUGAUUAAGAAAGCGCGCAAAGUCUUCAUUCCCGAUGAUCUGAAGGAUGACAAGUACUGGGCAAGGCGCAGAAAGAACAAUAUGGCGGCCAAACGCUCCCGCGAUGCCCGGCGGCUGAAGGAGAAUCAGAUUGCCAUCCGGGCGUCGUUCCUUGAGAAGGAGAACUCGGCCCUGCGCCAGGAGGUGGCUGACUUGCGAAAGGAGCUGGGCAAAUGCAAGAACAUACUUGCCAAGUACGAGGCCAGGCACGGGCCCCUGUAGGGUGGCAUUUUUGUGGGCUGGCUUUUGAAUAGAUGGACAGUUUGUUUCCUGUCUGAUAGCACCACACCUGAACCAAUCUUUCUGACAUCAGCACUUUACCAGAGGCAUAAACACAACUGACUCACAUUUUGGUGUGUAUGUGUGUGCGUAGAUGUGCUUGUGCUCAUGUGUGUGGUCAGCGGUAUAUGUGCGUGCGUGCGUGCGUGAGCGUGCACUUGCCAUUUUAAGAUAGCCCUCUCAUCAUCUUUUAGUUCCAAAAAAGAAAGGUGCCAUGUUUUUACUGGACUAUGGAGACCUCUCGUGGGUUUCCUGCCCCUCCCUUCUCCCCUCCUGCCCUCUCUGCACUGCUUCUUGUUCUCUCUGACAUCCUCUUCCGGGACCCUCUGCUUGGAUUCGCUAAGAAGGGCCCUGGUAAAAUAGUAGAUCUCAGUUUUCAAGACUACAAGCUCUUGUUUCUGUUUAAUCUGUAAGUUACCAUGCUAAUAAGGUGCACAAAACAACUUCGCACUACACUGCAGCUCUCUUCAGUUAUAGGUCGCUUUCCUCAUAUUUUCAGUUUUGGUGAUAAUUGUCUUCAGAUUUAAAGUGCUGUUUAGAUUUAUUAGAUCCCAUAUUUACUUACUGCUAUCUACUAAGUUUCCUUUUAAUUCUACCGACCCCGGGUAAGUAAAAGUACUCUAAUAGAUCACAGAGUGUGUUUUUGCACUGUCUGUACCUAAAGCAAUAAUCCUAUUGUACGCUAGAGCAUGCUGCCUGAGUAUUACUAGUGGACGUAGGAUAUUUUCCCUACCUAAGAAUUUCACUGUCUUUUAAAAAACAAAAAUUACAGUAAUGCAUUUGAGCGUGCCCAGAACAUCCCCAGGACAGGGAAGCAGAGGGAAAUGCCAGGUUGAAGAACGGGGGCUUAAUUUAUCAGUAUAUGAGCCAAAAAAAUGCAUCGUGGAACAGCUUUUGUCAUUGGUAUGUUUGGUUUUGUUCUCUCCCCUCUCCCACACCCCCAGCCCCUACUUUUCUAGUUAACUUUUUCCAUAUUCCUCUUGAUAUUCAAAACUAUUCAAUUACUUAAGAUUCAGUUUUCCCCAUUUUUUGUAAUAUAUAUAUUUUUGUGAACUAAACCUUGCUGUUUUUAAAAAUCAGUUAAUUAAGUUAAGAAGUUGAUGUUUUGUAAGACCCUUUUUCCUAGCAGUGUCAUUUUUGAAUGCUUCAUAAAUUAAUGAUUCUGGAGCUUAUGUUUCUUAUUCUCUGUUUGCUUUCGAACGUAUUUGCUCUUAUAAAGUGGACUUCUGAAAAAUGAAUGUAAAAGACACUGGUGUAUCUCAGAAGGGGAUGGUGUUGUCACAAACUGUGGUUAAUCCAAUCAAUGUAAAUGUUUACUAUAGACCAAAAGGAGAGAUUAUGAAAUUGUUUAAUGUUUAUACAGAGUAAUUAUAGGAAGUUCUUUUUUUGUACAGUAUUUUUCAGAUAUAAAGACUGACAAUGUAUUUUGGAAGACAUAUAUUAUAUAUAGCAAAGAGAAAAGGAAAACUAUUCCAUGUUUUAAAAUUAUAUAGCAAAGAUAUAUAUUCAUCAAUGUUGUACAGAGAAGAAGUGCUUGGAGGUUUUUGAAAUCUUUAAUAUUUUAAGCCUAUCACUGACACAUCAGCAUGUCGUCUGCUUUAAAUUAAAAUUUUAUGGCAGUAUCAAGGCUUGCUGCGACGAAUCCUACUCUAAAAUAUAUAAGGAGCUUUCUUGUUCCCUAUUAGGUCUCAGAAAGAAGUCAGUCACCCAAAAGCACAAAAGGGAUGUUAGUCAAAUAUUUAUUGGAUGAUACAGUGUUUUUUAGGAAAAGCAUCUGCCACAAAAAUGUUCACUUCACGAUUAUGAGUUCCUGGAAUGGAAUAUCAGUGCAAGCACCCCAAACCAUUCUGUUCUCCCUCACGGGCAUGUGCGUCUUAUGCAGUAUAAGGUUGAUAUCGGUGCUAUGUGUAUGCUUUAUAAUUUGACAGAUGUUUUGACUUUAAAGAUGAUUGUUCAUUUGUUUUGCUAAAUUGUGUAAUGUCAAGAGAUUCUGCUGUUAUUGCAAAGAGACAUUUUGUGUUAGAUUAAAAUACCCUUUCAUUGAUGGGAUUUUCUAGUUUCCUGCCUUCAGAGUAUCUGAUUCUUUAAUGACCUUGGGGUCUCCUUGUCAAUCCAUCACAAUGCCUCUCUCACAGUGUCAUAGUCUUGGGAAACCUGAUCAAUAGGAUUUUCCUACUAGUAUCCAUUUGUCCUAAGCCACAGAUUAUGGUGGGAGAUGGGAGAGUACUGGGAUGAAAUACAUUGUGCAGGUAAAUAACUAAUAAAAUAAAAUAAACAAAACUGUUGGCAAUCUUAAGCAGAACUGAAUAAGUGAUAUUCAGAAAGAGACACAAGUGAACACAGAGUUGGCCUUUUUAUAGGUAAAGAGGUUAAUUGCAGCAGAAUUAUUAAAUGGCAGUAGUGACUGAAACAGAGACAAAUGAUAUGUUUAAGUGGAGAAGUAUUGAAGGAUUAUGCUCUGGAUCAUCCACAUUCAUUGAAGUAGAAAAUAGUAGCUAAAAAAACUGUAUUUGAGCACUGGUCUUUCUUGGAAUUAGUUUAUUUUGUAUCAAAUGAGCAUCACAAAUGUUUUCUGCAGAAGAAAUAAAAAGAUCAUAA